AUGGGGCCAGGCUACAGCUGGUAUCGGGUUGUUGUUUGCUGCGUUGGGGUCCUGGGGGCGCUGAGGGGUGUAGCCAGCACCCACUACCGCUACCUCUGGAGAAACUGCUAUCCCUGGUUACCUGGGUCAGACGGGCUACGCUGUGAACCCCGUGGAGCGGAGGGCAGUUGGGUAACACAUCCAACCCCAGGCUCCAAUCCUUUGUCUCUUCCAGCCAUUCGCUCCUGCACCAUUAACAAUGGUGGAUGCCAGCAUGAUUGUGUGCAGCUUACGGCCACGCAGCAUCGGUGCCAGUGCCAGCCCCAAUACCAGCUUCAGGAGGAUGGCAAAAAAUGUGUCUUACGGAAUCCAUGUGCAGACAGGAAUGGAGGCUGCAUGCACAAAUGCCAAGCCCGCCGAGGGCUGGCCCACUGUGAGUGCCAUGCUGGAUAUCAACUGGCGCCCGACCAUAAGACGUGUGCAGAUGUGAACGAAUGUGCCCUGGGACUGGCCAAGUGCUCACACAGCUGCCUGAACACACGCGGCUCCUUCAAAUGUGUCUGCAACCCGGGCUAUGAACUGGGAUCCGACAGCAAGCAGUGCUACCGGAUUGAGAUGGAGAUCGUGAACAGCUGUGAGGCCAACAAUGGCGGCUGCUCCCAUGGCUGCAGUCACACCAGCACUGGCCCCCUCUGCACAUGCCACCAGGGCUAUGAGCUGGACCUGGACCAGAAAACCUGCAUAGAUAUUGAUGACUGUGCAGGCAGCCCCUGUUGUGCCCAGGCCUGCACCAACAACCCAGGAGGCUAUGAGUGUGGUUGCUAUGCUGGGUACCGACUUAGCACUGAUGGCUGUGGGUGUGAUGAUGUGGAUGAAUGUACUUCAAGUAAUGGCGGGUGUGAACACAUUUGUGAGAACCUUGUGGGCUCCUUCCAGUGUACCUGUGAGAUUGGCUACAAGCUAGAGGAGGACCGGCGGAGCUGUACCCCCCUGGAUGACUCCAUAGAUGCCUUGGAUGGGCGGCAACCCUUUGUACGUCCCAUUCCCCACAUUGCUGUACUGCGUGAUGAGCUGACCCAGCUCUUUGAAGAAGAAUAUGAGGCAGGGGAUGAAGAAGAGAUGGAGGCCAGAGGAGAGCACACGUUGUCGGAGAAGUUUGUCUGUUUGGAUGACACCUUUGGCCAUGACUGCAGCCUGACAUGUGAUGACUGUAGGAAUGGAGGCACCUGCCGCCUUGAGCUGGAUGGCUGUGACUGCCCUGAGGGCUGGACCGGUAUCAUCUGCAAUCAAACUUGUCCCCAAGGGACCUUUGGAAAGAAUUGCAGCUCCACUUGCAGCUGUCAAAAUGGCGGGACCUGUGAUGCUGUGACAGGGACCUGCCGCUGUCCACCGGGGGUCAGCGGAGCUCACUGUGAGGAUGGUUGCCCCAAAGGCUUCUAUGGCAAACACUGCAGGAAGAAGUGCCAAUGUGCCAACCGAGGACGUUGUCAUCGCAUCUAUGGGGCCUGUCUAUGUGACUCUGGGCUCUAUGGACGUUACUGCCACUUGGCAUGUCCCAAGUGGGCCUACGGGCCAGGCUGCUCUGAAGAAUGUCAGUGUGUCCAGCAGAACACCCGGGAAUGUGAUAAGAAAGAUGGCAGCUGCUCCUGCAAGGCAGGGUACCGGGGCGACAGAUGUCAGCAGGAAUGUGACCUGGGCACCUUUGGUCCUGGAUGUCUACAGAUGUGUGCCUGUCCCCCGGGAGUGACCUGCAGCCCCCUGAGUGGAGAGUGCCAGCAGCAGUGCCCAGAGGGCUACCAGGGGAAGAACUGUGACCAAGAAUGUCCCCCAGGAAAAUUUGGCAGUAACUGCUUUGGAUCCUGUUCUUGUGGAGGGGCCCCCUGUGACCGGUUCACAGGACAGUGUUUGUGUCCUGCAGGGAGAACUGGGAAUGAAUGCAGCAAAGACUGUCCUGAUGGACGCUGGGGCCCUGGAUGCCAAGAGAUCUGCCCGGCCUGUGACAAUAGUGCUGGCUGUGACCCCGUGACUGGAGCCUGCCUCUGCCUCCCCGGAUAUAUUGGCAGCCACUGCCAAGACUUUUGCCCGGCAGGCUGGUUUGGGCAGGGCUGUCAGCUCAGAUGCUCCUGUGGGAAUGAUGGGCACUGCCACCCUGUGACUGGGCGCUGUAGCUGUGCCCCUGGUUGGACUGGCAUCAGCUGUAGAAGAGCCUGUGACGUGGGUCGCUGGGGCCCGGACUGCAGCCACUCCUGCAACUGUAGCUAUAGCCAUGGGAGCUGUGACCCCGUGAGCGGGCAGUGCAUCUGCGAAGCUGGCUACACGGGCCUGCGCUGUGACCAGAAGUGUCCCCAGGGCUGGUUUGGGCUGAGCUGCAGCCGACGGUGCCAGUGUGACAACGGAGCCGCCUGUGACCACGUCAGCGGAGCCUGUACCUGCGCAGCCGGCUGGAGGGGAACCUUUUGUGAGCGUGAGUGUCCUGCUGGGUUUUUUGGCCUGGAGUGCCGGGGCGCCUGCCAGUGUGCCAACGGGGCCCCUUGUGAUCACAUGAGUGGCAGCUGCCUCUGCCCUGCUGGCUGGAUCGGACCAAGCUGCAACCAGACCUGCCCAGCUCACACCUACGGGGAGAACUGUAGCCUCUCCUGCAGCUGCUUCCAUGGAGCCUCCUGCAACCCAGUCAACGGGCAAUGCCUGUGUGCCCCCGGCUGGAUGGGGCCCACCUGCCAACAGGCUUGUCCAACAGGCCUAUAUGGAUCGAAUUGUCACCAGCCUUGCCUGUGUCAGAAUGGUGGGACCUGUGAUCCCGUCUCAGGCCACUGCCUGUGUCCAGAAGGCUGGAAUGGUCUGGCCUGUGAGCAGGAAUGCCUCCCUGGGAAGUUUGGAGCUGACUGUCAGCAGAGCUGUGACUGCUUGAAUGGGGGCCACUGUGACCGGCGCACAGGGGAGUGCACCUGCCCAGCUGGUUGGACCGGAGACAAGUGUCAGAGCCCCUGUCCAGAGGGCACGUUCGGGCUGCGCUGCGCUGAACGGUGUGACUGCCGGCCGGGGGUACCAGCCUGCCACGCUGUCACGGGCACCUGCCUCUGCCCACCCGGCUGGCGGGGCCAGAGAUGUGAGAAAGCCUGCCUGCCAGGCUGGUUUGGGGAGGCCUGUGCCCAGCGCUGUUCCUGUCCUCCUGGCAUCUCCUGUAACCACAUCACUGGAGAGUGCGGCUGCCCCCUCGGCUUCACUGGCCUCGGCUGUGAGCAAUCCUGUCGGCCUGGGACCUUUGGGGUGAACUGUGGCCAGGUGUGCAAGUGCCCCGGCGAGAACCAGGACUGCCAUCCGGUGACAGGGGAGUGUGUGUGUGCCCCCGGCUUCCACGGCAGCGGCUGCCGACUCCGGUGCCCCUCUGGGCGCUAUGGCCCUAACUGCGAACGCCCGUGCGGAUGUCAGAACGGGGGCUCCUGCGAUGCCAGGACAGGCACCUGCCGCUGCCCUCCUGGAUACAUCGGUGCUGACUGUGCCCUAGGGUGUCCAGAUGGGAGAUAUGGCAAAGACUGUGCCCACGUGUGCAACUGCGGGGAGGGAGCUACCUGCGACCCUGUCCAAGGCACCUGUAUUUGCCCAGCUGGGAGAACUGGCCCCCACUGUGAACAAGGCUGCCCCAAGGAUCGAUUUGGCGUUGGCUGUGAGCUGGGGUGUUCCUGUAGGAAUGGAGGCCUCUGUCAUCCCACCAAUGGAUCUUGCUCCUGUGGCCUGGGAUGGAUGGGAAAACAUUGUGAGCUUGCCUGCCCACCUGGGAAGUAUGGUGCUAACUGCCGCCUGGAAUGUACCUGUCUGAACAAUGGGACAUGUGAUCGAGUGACUGGGGCCUGUGAAUGUCCCCCUGGUCAUUUUGGCCAGGCCUGUGAACACACAUGUCCCCCUGGUUUCCAUGGAGCUGGCUGCCAGGAGGUUUGUGACUGUCACCAAGGAGCCCUGUGCCACCCGCUCACUGGCCAAUGUCUAUGUCCUGCUGGCUUCCAUGGCCAGUUCUGUGAGAAAGGAUGUGAGCCAGGCAUGUUUGGAGCUGGCUGCCUCCAGGCCUGUGAUUGCGAGGGAGACAUACCAUGUGACCCAGCCACUGGCCAGUGCCUGUGUCCGCCAGGGAGGAUGGGAGCCAAGUGUGACCUGGAAUGCAGGGGGAAUCGCUUCGGCCCUGGCUGCACCUUGAGCUGUGGCUGUGAGGGGAGUUCUCACUGUAAUUCCCUCAAUGGUCAGUGUGUCUGCAUGGAAGGCUACAUUGGGCCCACGUGUCGAGAAGGUGGCCCUCUGAAGCUCCCAGCCAGCAAGUCCCGCGUCUUCGACCCAGUGGCUUCCCGUCCUUCAUCCCACAGAUCAUCUCCCAGGUUCAGCUCACAAGCAGCAAAACAUUAGCCCCUGACCUCUCUGUCUUCUCUUCCUACCCAUCCUUCCUUCCCCUGCCCUGCCCAUCCUUCCAGUGUUACUGUAUACAAAUGACUGAGAAUCCUCAGAAUACCACCAGUUGACUGGUUCCAUCUUAGCGAUCGUUCUUUUUUGAAGCAAUGUUCUUUCCGAUGCUGCUGGUGUGGCCGUGGUGACCAAAUGCAGUGUAAUUCGCCUCUCCUGGGUUCUCAACUCCACCCCAAAAGGUCUUAGGAUGGACUGACAGCCUCUGAGACUCGGGCCAAGGAGAGACGACCACAGAAAAGUCCAUUUUAAGCAAACUGUGUCCGGCUGGCGGACAGGGACAUCCUGUAGCCACUGACUCAACCAGGGACAAUUGUGUUCUAAGGGACAGCCAUCAGCUCCCACCAACCACAGCCUGGUACUCCAUUAAGGAUACUCCAGGAUGCUCAGCGACCAAGGAGAUGACCUCUGCCCUUGGUGUGUUUGUUUCUAGCUAUUUCCUGCAAUUCACCAGCAGGCUUCAUCUGGUGCUAACCAAUGGGACUGAUGGCUACCGGACUGCUCCAGCCCCACCCUGUCCUGUUCUGGGGCGGUUCCUUGUUUACCUGGAAAUAUAGUCCAAUAUGUAUUUAUGUAAAGAUAUUUAUGGGCAGCUGUACCAAGUCAGGUUCUGGGGGGACAGCCCUGGUGCUCCUGAAAGGCACCAGAGGGGCUGUACAGAGCCCCGGACGGCGUCCCCCCACUCCAUCCUAGGAAGGGGGACGGAGUGUUGUUUUCAGCUGAGCGGGCAUCACAGAAGUGUCCUCCCUUUAUAUAUCAACCAGCCAACCAAUGUGUACUGUAAGGGUUCCAUAGCCCCUGUUCCAUGGCAGAGGGGACCCAGCACUGUGUAAAACUCUUAAGUUAAAGGAUUGAAAAUUU